GACGAAGCGUAGCACGAUGAGGAUAAGAACGUGAUGAGAAUCAUAAGCCUGAUGGUGAUGCAUAAUAUGCGCGUUGCAGCACUUGCGACAGCCUCCAAGGCGUCUAGACUACACGAGGCAUACCGUGCGAGAGACGCAAUUGUGCGGGCGAGCGCUACCUACUACCCUACUCAGGAUGAUGGACUCGAGCCCUUUACGGGUGCUCUAGUUGCAGCGCUGAACGACGACCACCCCGCCGGCAAGAACGAGACAGGGCACUUUCUUGGACUGGAUGCGCACAGCUUUCGCGUUCCGCGAGCCGAAGGCCAGGCUUCCUUCCCAUACGAAGACUCUUUUGAUAACCAGACCGACGCUUAUCGCGCGUCCCGCACGCUGAGCUUCUUGUCGAGCGCGCCGCUGAUGCCGGAACACUACAAUACCGUGCCGUGCGGUCUCGAACCUGGCAUCGAUCCAGGGUCCGUGCAAGAUGCGUCCGAUGGCAACGUGAUCGCGGAAAGCUUGAUCUUCACCCCGCGGCGGGGUCCGGAGAUGGAUCCUGAAGAUUCGAGUAGCAACAUGACCCACAGCGGGGGGAGACACUUGGUGUUAUUCUUCAACUUCGCUGAAGCAGGAUACUGGGGGCACAUGAUGUCCAACGGGUUGCCGCGUGUGGCUUUCGCGGCGGAUGCAGCGCGGCGCGCAAACUACACGCUGUGGGUGCUUAUUCCUGAGAAGUUCGUAGUUCACGGGUGGAAGUCUCUGGGGCAGGUGCAGGAGUUUGUGGAAAUGGUGUUUCAUGGGAAGUUGGUGGUUCCCGGAAAGAGUGAGCACCAGCUUCCCGCGGCUUGUCUUGGUCAAGUAGAAGAGGGUGCUGGAGACCCUGUUGAGCAGUGCAGAUUUUUCUUUUCGUGCGGGCUUCCCAGCUACCAUAUCACCGUCCGGCAAAGAAUGCAUCAGCUAGCCACAAGCGCCGUCGCGGCCCACGCGGAAAGAAAUCCGCGGCCUGCUUGGGCACCGAAACCCUCUGGCAGGCCGGGCCUCUUUCUGCAGCGAGGUUCCGACAGCCAUAACAGCAAAGGGGACGCCUUCUCCCGCGCGUUGGCCACAAGGUUGAAAAAUGAGACAGCAAGUUGGGAUGUGAUCGAGAACCUUGGGUCGCGUUCCUUGAUGGACAUCGCUGUCUACGUCCGCGACCACCGGCAUUUGAUGCAGGUGGAGGGUUCCGCCGGCUAUCAUUUGAUCUGGCUCGAUCCUGCUUCUCCGAAUGGAAAUUUUAUUCCUAUGUCCUUCACUGAGCUCGUCCCGAGGACCCGCCAGGACAUGACCCGCUGGCUCUGGGCCAAAAUUAUCGGCUUGGAGUAUUACUUUAUGCUGUAUGAGAAGAACGAGGCAGACGAAAUUAGGUUUUUCAGCAAAGCGUUGUCGCUGGUGGGAGCACAACCACAACCACUGUCGCGGCAAGCGAUACGCCUCUUACGAUACGAUCGAUCAGGACGUAGCACUGGUCUUGGAUCCGGUUAAGGUUGUGCUAGAUUUUUCCGGUGUCAACAAGUCCACAACCUAGCGCACAACCGGCCCACGAAGUAGUGUCACUGCGUGACCAGGGGCAAGAGUGCCGGAAGGCUGUAGUCUGUUGAGAAGAUAAAUGUCCAGCUACCGCACCUGGGUGCUGGCAAGAACCUAUCUCUCUCCUGGCACUGUUCGGUGCCUACAAAGAGAAGUCUGACGGGCCUCGUGCUCUUCUUGAGAAUUUAGAUUUAUCUGGGUAUAGGCGUUUGCCGGCUUAACUCUAGUGGCUGUCCCCGCGAAGGUGUUUCGGCCUCCUUUCUGCUCGUGUUCUACUUCAGG